ACAGUGCAGUGUUACAAUUUAAGCAAGAAACAAGUCAAAUAAUCGAAGAAGAACGAACUAUUUUCAAAACAAUUUACAAUAAAAAUUCAUUAAACGAAAAAUCCUUAAUCAAAAUGCGCGUAUUCGUUGUACUAUCAGCUUUGUUGGCUGUCGCUUGUGCCGCUCCUCAAUAUGGUUAUAAACAACCUGAACACUUAGGUUCUGGACCAUCUGGUGCCUUUAGUGGAUUAUCUCCAGCUAGUUUGCAACCCUCAACACUUGGACAUGGUGGUGACAAGUAUUUGCCUCCUGCACCUACCAGUGCUGCUCCAAUUGUACGCAAACAAUUCUAUGUUGUCUCAGCCCCCGAAGAUGAUGAUAAUCAACCAAAGAAUAAGCACUUGGUUUUGGGUCGUCCACAAAAGAACUACCGUGUUGUAUUCAUUAAGGCUCCCAACUCUGGUAAUGGUAAUGUCAAAUAUUCCGCUGAAUUCGCCCCUCAAGAAGAAAAGACUGUAAUUUAUGUAUUGAGCAAGAAGGACAAUGAAUUGGAUGCUAGUGAUAUCGCUACUCCUGCUCCCACCACCGCCAGCAAACCUGAAGUAUUCUUCAUUAAAUACAAAACCGAUGAAGAAGCUCAACAAGCCCAAAAGGAAAUUCAAGGUGAAUACGAUAAAUUGGGUGGCACCAAUGAAGUUGCCGAUGAAACUACCGCCCCUAUCACUUCCGUUAUUGGCUCCUUAGAUGGUCUCAAUCCCGAUGGCAGCUACAACUAUCGUCCUCAAAAUAACAACAUUGGUCAAGCUAGUGGAAAACACCCAGCUGUCCAAGCUCCUAGCUCACAAUACUUGCCAACUUUGUUCAAACACUAGACCUUAAUCGAAUAAUUUGAAUUUAGUGAUCAUCUCUUAACCCAUGCUUUACGUAAAUGUUAAAAUGAAUUGUUAAUUGUUUUUUGUUUUAAUUAGUUUUUAAGUUUAGAUAAUGUACAAAUCACGAAUUGUUGCCAUACUUCAUAAACAAACAUUUUGUACUUGUAGAAUAAAAAUUAAAUUCAUAAAAAA